AUCACUGGCUGGCCCGGAGCCUCCUGCCUCGCCGCUCAUUGGACUGCGGGCCCGGGCCGAGCUGUCAGCCCAUGUGGCGUGGCCAGACACAAUGUAACACAUUUAAAUUCACCAGAGCGAAAAAAAAGAUUCAGAGGAAGCAGCUCAGAGGCGUCUCACGUCAAGCUGACAGACAGGAAACCAGGAGACAGAGAGACAGAGAGACAGACAGAGAGACAGACAGACAGACAGCCGGGUCCUUCCCACGGUCACACGCGCACUUACAGUCAGAGGAAGACACCUGGUGAACAGUGAUUCAGUAUGGAUGAGAUAGUCGUAGCAGGGAUAUCGGGCCGGUUGCCGGAGUCCAACAACCUGGAGGAGUUCUGGGAAAACCUCAUCAAUGGAGUGGACAUGGUGACGGAGGACGACCGGCGGUGGACGCCAGGUCUGUACGGUCUUCCAAACAGGAACGGGAAGCUGAAGGACAUCAGCCACUUCGAUGCAGCCUUCUUCGGAGUCCACCCGAAACAGGCCAACACCAUGGACCCCCAGCUCCGCCUCAUGCUGGAGAUCGCCUACGAGGCGAUUGUAGAUGGAGGACUGAACCCGGCCGCGAUGCGCGGCAGCAAGACGGGCGUCUACAUCGGGGUGAGCGGCUCGGAGGCCGGCGAGGCGCUCAGCAGGGACCCGGAGGAGCUGCUGGGCUACAGCAUGACGGGCUGCCAGCGCGCCAUGAUGGCCAACAGACUCUCCUACUUCUUCGACUUCAACGGCCCGAGCACCGCCAUCGACACAGCCUGCUCCUCCAGCCUGCUGGCUUUAGAAAACGCCUUCCACGCCAUCCGCCAGGGCCACUGUGAUGCUGCUUUGGUGGGCGGGGUCAACCUGCUGCUCAAGCCAAACACCUCCGUGCAGUUCAUGAAACUGGGCAUGCUCAGUCCUGAUGGGACCUGCAAGUCCUUUGAUGCAUCAGGUAAUGGAUACUGUCGUUCUGAGGCAGCGGUGGCUGUGCUGCUGACGAAGCGAUCGGCGGCUAAGAGAGUCUACGCCACAGUGGUCAACGCUGGAAACAACACAGACGGAUACAAAGAGCAGGGUGUGACGUUUCCUUCAGGUGAGAUGCAGCAGAGACUUGUUAGUUCUCUUUACCAGGAAGCAAAUAUUACACCUGAGCAGGUAGAAUACAUUGAAGCCCACGGCACGGGAACAAAGGUCGGUGACCCACAGGAAGUGAACGGCAUUGUUGGAGUGUUCUGUCAAUCAAAGCGAAAGCCUCUUCUCAUUGGCUCCACCAAGUCCAACAUGGGCCAUCCUGAACCCGCCUCUGGCCUGGCUGCCCUGGUUAAGGUGCUGCUGUCUUUGGAACAGGGACUCUGGGCUCCCAACCUGCACUUCAACAGUCCUAACGCUGAUAUUCCAGCCCUCACCGACGGCCGGGUCCAAGUGGUCGACAAGCCGCGUCCCGUCCAAGGAGGCAUCGUCGGCAUCAACUCGUUUGGAUUCGGAGGUUCAAACGUUCACGUGAUUCUUCGACCGGCUGAGAAACCAGACGAGUCGCCGGCCGGACCCCCCAGGACGGUCCCCAGAGUGCUGCAGGCCUGUGGCCGGACGGAGGAGGCGGUGAAGGUUUUGCUCCAGGAGGGAAAGAAACACUCUGCCAACGACAGCUUCCUGUCCUUACUGAACGAGGUGUCGGGGGUCCCCACCGCCAGCAUGCCCUACCGAGGCUACGCUGUGAUUGGCUCAGAGAGUGAUGUCAUGGAGGUGCAGCAGGUCCAACCCAACGCCAGGCCGCUCUGGUACAUCUGCUCCGGUAUGGGGACCCAGUGGGCCGGUAUGGGCCGCAGCCUGAUGCAGCUGCCAGACUUCAGAGAGUCCAUCCUGAGGUCUGACUCCGCCCUGAAGGAGACCGGCCUGGUGGUGUCUCGUCUCCUCAUGGACGCAGACAGCGAGACGUUUGAAGACACGGUUCAUGCCUUUGUGGGACUCGCUGCCAUUCAGAUCGCUGAGAUCGACCUGCUCAGUAAACUGGGCCUGCAGCCUGAUGGGAUCGUGGGCCACUCAGUGGGAGAACUGGCCUGUGGCUACGCUGACGGCUCCCUCAGCCACAGCGAGGCCAUCCUGGCUGCCUACUGGAGAGGACGCUGCAUCAAGGAGGCCAACCUCCCUCCAGGAGGCAUGGCUGCAGUCGGUCUGACCUGGGAGGAGUGUAUGGCUCAGUGUCCCCAGGGGGUGGUCCCAGCAUGCCACAACGCUGAGGACACCGUCACCAUCUCUGGUCCUCAGGACGCCAUCACUACAUUUGUGUCGGAGCUGAAGGAGCAGGGCGUCUUCGCAAAGGAGGUCCGCAGCGCUGGUGUUGCCUUCCACUCCUACUACAUGGCGUCCAUCGCUCCGACGCUCCUGGCUGCUCUGAAGAAGGUGAUCAAGAAGCCGCGUCAGCGCUCCUCCCGCUGGGUGAGCACCAGUAUCCCCCGGUCAGACUGGGACUCUCCUCUGGCUCUGUACAGCUCAGCUGACUACCACGUCAACAACCUGGUGAGCCCCGUGUUGUUCCACGAGGGCCUCAGCCUGGUGCCCGACAACGCCGUGGUGGUGGAGAUCGCACCGCACGCCCUGCUGCAGGCCAUCCUGAAGCGUAGUCUGAAGCACACAUGUUCCAUCCUCCCGUUGAUGAAGAGAGGCCACACCAACAACCUGGAGUUCUUCCUCUCCAACAUCGGCAAAAUCCACAUGAACGGUGUCAAAGUGGACGGUAACAGCCUCGCCCCGGUGGUGAAGUACCCCGUCCCGGUUGGGACCCCUCUGAUCUCCCCGUUGGUGCAGUGGGACCAUGCCCAGACCUGGGACGUCCCUAAAGCAGAAGACUUCUCCUACGGCUCAGGAGACUCCAACUCGUCCAUCGUCUAUAAUAUCGACAUCAACCCAGAGUCUGAAGACUACUACCUGAUUGGACACUGCAUCGAUGGGCGUGUCCUCUACCCGGCGACGGGUUACCUGGUGCUGGCCUGGCGUACCUUGGUGAGAAGCCUGGGGGUUGUCAUGGAAACCACCCCAGUAGUGUUUGAAGACAUCACCAUCCACAGGGCCACCAUCCUGCCAAAGACAGGUUCUGUCCAGCUGAAGGUGCAUCUCAUGCCGGCCACCAGCAAGUUUGAGGUUUCAGAGAAUGGAAACCUGACUGUCAGCGGCAAGGUGUGUGUUCUGGAGGACGCCGCCCUCGAUGCGUUCCACAGUCAGAUCAAUAAUCAGCCCGUUUCUGAUCACUGCGACCCCAAACUGAAGCUGACGGCUCACGACGUCUACAAAGAGCUGCGGCUCCGCGGCUACGACUACGGGAAGAGCUUCCAGGGAAUCCUGGAGUCCAACAACACCGGGGACAGUGGGAAACUGCAGUGGUCAGGGAACUGGGUGAGCUUCCUGGACACCAUGCUGCAGAUGAUCGUGGUGGGUCUGUCCGGUCGGAGCCUGCGUCUCCCCACCAGGAUCCGCUCCAUGUGUGUCGAUCCAGCUCUGCACCUGGACAAGGUCUCCAGGUGCCCCGAGGAAAAGACAGCCCUGGACGUCCAUGUCAACCGUUGCCUUGACAACAUUGUUGCUGGUGGCGUCCAGAUCAGCGGUCUCCACGCCACCGUGGCCCCCCGCCGCCAGCAGCAGCAGAGCCCCCCCACCCUGGAGGAGUUCCUGUUUGUGCCCUAUGUGGACUCAGACUGUCUGACAUCCAAUGUGAAGCUGGAACAACAGCUGGGCCUCUGUAAAGGUUUGAUCCACCGGCUGCAGCAGAAGCUGGCUCCUCAUGGAGUGAAGCUGUCCAUCCCGGGGCUCCAGGGGGACUCUGAGGGCCCCCUCCCCAGCCCAGAGCCCUCUGAGCCGGGGCUGGAGAGGCUGCUGACCCUGCUGUGUGGCCUGGAGCUGAACGGGAACCUGCGGUCUGAGCUGGAGCAGAUGGUGGAGAAGGAGAGGAGGUGCCUGCUGCAGGACGGCCUCCUGCAGGGCCUCCUGCACCACCAGGACCUCAGACACCUGCUGGACACCAGCGUGGAGAACAGCACGCCCGGAAAGAUCUCCGUCCUGGAGGCUCUCUCCAACGACGGUCAGCUCUUUUCUCGUAUCGUAGCGCUCCUCAACAUCCAGCCCAUGCUGCGGGUCGACUACACCGCCACAGCCCCCAACCUGGACCUGUUGACCCCCCACCAGGACACCCUGGAGGAGCUGGGGGUCUCCUCAGCUCAGUGGGACCCCCUGACGGGCCCUGCUCCUGCAGGAGGAGCAGACCUCGUAGUGUGUAACCACGCCUGGGGCCCUCUCAGGACGGACCCCGAACAGCUGGUGGCAAAUCUGGCUUCUGGAGCCAAACAAGGAGGGUUUGUCCUCCUCCACACCCUGCUGAAGGGGGACACCUUGGGGGAGACUGUCGCCUUCCUCUCCAGCAGCUCUCAGCAAGGACUUCUCUCACAGGCGGAGUGGGAGAAGGUGUUCUCUGAGGCCUCCCUCAGCCUCGUGGCUGUCAGGAAGUCUUUCUACGGUACGGCUCUGUUUCUCUGUCGCCGUCCGUCUCCAGGCAACCAGAAACCUGUCUUCAUACCUGUGGACAGCACCGACUACACAUGGGUGGAAACACUCAAGGCGACGCUGGCUGAGUCCUCAGACUGUCCCGUGUGGCUGACCGCCUCUCAGGCCCACUGCGGCAUUGUGGGAAUGGUCAACUGUCUACGGCAGGAACCAGGAGGCAACCGGAUACGCUGUGCCUUCGUGUCCAAUCUAAACGAGUCCUCAGCGUCUCCGGUCCUCCAGCCGGCCCACCAGUCCCUGCAGUCAGUGCUGGAGGGGGAUCUGAGCAUGAAUGUGUUCAGAGAUGGACAGUGGGGCGUCUUCAGGCACCAGAUCAUCCACCAAGAUCUGAAUGAAGAGUUGACAGAGAUGGCCUACGUCAACGUGUUGACCCGAGGCGACCUGUCCUCUCUGAGAUGGAUUGCUUCUCCUCUCCGACACUUUGUGUCCAACAACCCCAACGUGCAGCUGUGUCGCGUCCACUACAGCUCGCUCAACUUCAGAGACAUCAUGCUGGCCACCGGGAAACUGCCUCCUGAUGCUAUUCCAGGUGACCUGGCCCUGCAGCAGUGCAUGCUGGGUAUGGAGUUCUCUGGCCGGGACCCUGCUGGCCGGCGUGUGAUGGGGCUGCUGCCUGCCCGAGGCCUGGCAACAAGCGUGGAUGCUGACCAACGCUUCCUCUGGGACGUUCCCUCCAGCUGGACUCUGGAGCAGGCGGCCUCGGUGCCGGUGGUCUACGCCACGGCGUACUACUCUCUGGUGGUUCGUGGCAGACUGCGUCCGGGAGAAUCGGUCCUCAUCCACUCCGGGUCGGGGGGCGUCGGCCAGGCCGCCAUCUCCAUCGCUCUCAGCAGGAAGUGUAGAGUCUUCACCACAGUCGGCUCUAAGGAGAAGCGGGCCUACCUGCAGCAGAGGUUCCCUCAGCUCUCUGCUGAGUCCUUCUCCAACUCCAGAGACACCACGUUUGAGCAGCACAUCCUGCUGCACACAGAGGGCAAAGGUGUGGACAUGGUGCUGAACUCUCUGGCUGAGGAGAAGCUGCAGGCCAGUGUCCGAUGCCUCGCCAGACAUGGACGAUUCCUGGAGAUCGGCAAAUACGACCUGUCCAACAAUUCUCCACUGGGUAUGGCUCUGUUCCUUAAAAACGUGGCGUUCCACGGCAUCCUGCUGGACGCACUCUUUGAAGAGGGGAACAGGGAGUGGGAGGAGGUGUCCCAGCUGCUGAAGGAGGGCAUUCUGGGAGGUGUAGUUCAGCCUCUGAAGACCACAGUGUUUGAGAGGGACCAGGUGGAGGAAGCCUUCAGAUACAUGGCUCAGGGCAAACACAUCGGAAAGGUCCUGCUGAAGGUGCGUCAUGAGGAGGAGGCCUCAGCAGUCCAACCUUCUCCUCCGCUGUCGUUCCCAGCGAUCUGUCGUACGUUCUGCCUCCCCUCCCACUCCUACAUCAUCACAGGAGGCCUGGGGGGCUUCGGCCUGGAGCUGGCCCAGUGGCUGACGGAGAGAGGAGCUCGCAGGCUGGUGCUGACCUCCAGGUCAGGAAUCAGGAACGGUUACCAGGCGAAGCGGGUGCGUGAGUGGCGGAGUCAGGAAGUGGAGGUGUUGGUGUCCACCAGUGACGUCAGCUCGUUGGAGGGGGCCCAGCGGCUCGUUGCUGAGGCCUCCACGCUGGGACCAGUGGGAGGGGUCUUCCACCUCGCCAUGGUUCUGAAAGACGGCAUGUUGGAGAAUCUGAGUCCUGAGCUCUUCCUCGAUGUUAACAAACCUAAAUAUGACGGCACCAUAAACCUGGACAGAGUGACCAGACAGUCGUGUCCAGACCUCAGCUACUUCGUGGCCUUCUCCUCCGUCAGCUGCGGCCGUGGCAACGCCGGCCAGAGUAACUACGGUUACGCCAACUCGGCCAUGGAGCGCGUGUGUGAGAAGCGGCGGUUCGACGGGCUGCCCGGCCUGGCGGUGCAGUGGGGCGCCAUCGGGGACGUGGGCGUGGUGCUGGAGACGAUGGGCGGCAACGACGCGGUGAUCGGCGGGACCCUCCCCCAGAGGAUCGCUUCCUGUCUGGACGUCCUGGACCGGUUCCUCUGCCAGCAGCAGCCCGUGAUGUCCAGCUUCGUCCUGGCGGAGAGGACGGUGGUGAAGAGUGACGCAGGAGGCCAGAAGGACUUAGUGGACGCUGUCGCUCACAUCCUGGGCGUGCGGGACGUGAACAGCUUGAACGCCGACGCCUCCCUGGCGGACCUCGGUCUGGACUCCUUGAUGGGGGUCGAGGUUCGCCAGACUCUGGAGCGGGACUACGACAUCGUCAUGGCCAUGAGGGAGAUCCGCCAGAUCACCAUCAACAAGCUGCGGGAGCUGGCCAAGAAGAAACCAGGAGGAUCAAAUGAAUCGCACCAGGCUGCAGUGAAGAGAGAAGCUGUUCGCUCUCUGCUGGAGUCUGAUCUGACUCAGCUAUUGGUUAACCCCGCCGGACCCACCGUGAUGUCACUCAACACGGUCCAGAACCAGGAGAAGCCCCUGUUCCUGGUCCACCCCAUCGAGGGCUCCACCACCGCCUUCAAGACGCUCGCUUUCAAGCUCAGCAUGCCCUGCUACGGCCUGCAGUGCACAAAAGAUGCUCCUCUGGACAGCAUCCAGACCCUGGCAGCCUACUAUGUGUCCUGCAUCAGACAGAUCCAGCCUGAGGGCCCGUACCGGAUCGCUGGUUACUCCUUUGGUGCUUGUGUAGCGUUUGAAAUGUGUUCUCAGCUUCAGACCCACAACCUGCCGGUGGACUCCCUCUUCCUGUUUGAUGGAUCACACUCCUACGUAGCAGCUUACACACAGAGCUACAGAGCCAAGCUGACACCAGGAAAAGAGUCCGAGGCUGAAACUGAAGCCCUGUGUGCCUUCGUCCAGCAGUUCACGGGCAUCGCAUACAACAAGCUCCUGGAGACCCUGCUCCCCCAGUCAGACCUCGGGGCCCGAGUCAACAUCGCAGUCGACCUCAUCACCUCCAAACACAAAGACAUCAGCCGAGACUUUCUGCACUUUGCAGCCACGACCUUUUACUACAAGCUGAAGGCUGCUGAUUGUUAUGUGCCUGCGACAAAAUACCAUGGCAACGUGAUGCUGCUCCGCGCCAAAACCAGCAGCGAAUAUGAACAAAACCUGGGAGCCGACUACAAGCUCAAUGAGGUUUGUGAUGGCAGGGUGUCGGUCCACAUCAUUGAGGGAGACCACCGCACCUUCCUGGAAGGCGAGGGGGUGGAGUCUAUCAGCAGCAUCAUCCACAGCUCGCUGGCGGAGCCGCGGGUCACAGCGAGGGAGGGCUAGACCCCGACCAGCGCCACACUAAUUCCAAAAUGGGUUUAUUUCUCAAACUAGUUCAGGAUGUGUACAUUUCAUUUUGUUUUCAACAGUGACAAUAAUACACUGCAUGUUUACAUUCUGUGCCAUUUUUGCCCUAAAAACCCCAAAAUGCACCUUACUGCAUCGUUAAAUCUUAUUGGUCGAUUCAAGCUUUGUAACUAUGACGACUCUUAGCUGGUUUAUUCUAUCUCUGCUGUCAGAUUGUACAGUUCCAAGUUUGAAGUUACUCUCACUUUGUUAUCACGUUUCAUUGAGCCUUUUUUUUUUUUUUUUUUUACACAACACAAAAUAAUUCCUCACUUUAAAAAAUGCUGAUUGUGCAUCCGUCAGAAUUCAUGAAUGACCAAGCAAUAUUCCAAAUUUACAGAUUAUUAAUAGGGAACACAUGCUAGACUAACAUUAUAAUAAUUAACCCACUGGAGUCCACGGAAGCAUAGUAACAUGAUUUUACUUUUUUUGGCAGAGAUUUUUCUGCAAAGACAUUUUGCAGUGCGCAUUAAGUAUUUUUAAUGUAAUCCUUGUGUUUACGUUUUUUUCGUGUUUUUUUCCUUCAUUUCUUUGUGUUUUUAAGUGGGUUUUUUUUGUAAUUUUGUGUUUUUUUGUGUGUGAUUUUUGUAUUUUUUGUGUGUUUUAUGGGUUUUUAUGUGUGUUUUUUGUAAACACACAUAAACACAUAAAAACAUAAAAAAAUUACAAAAAACUCACACAAAAACACAUAAAAACACAAAAACCACAAAUAAAUGACAAAAAACACAGAUAAAAACAGUAAACACAAAAUAUUGCAUUAAAAUGCUGAAUGCACACUGAAAAUUUAGAAAAAUCUCUGCAAAACAAAGUAAAAUCAUGUUACUACACUUGGUCAAGGUGUUUUUUUUUUUAUUUUUUACCUUUGCUGAGAAAUAGUUGAUGCAUUAAAUUGGACAUGGAAACUUCUGGAAAAGCCAAAACUUUCGUGGACUCCAGACGGUUAAAGAAAUCUAACGCUUCUUCUGUUUGUAGCCAAUAGCAAAAUGUCUGUUAGAAAGCAAAAAACACAGAGUUUUGUGUCCCAAACGCACACUUUUCAACGUUCCAGUUGUUUUAAAUAAUCAAAACAACUCAUAAAAUAAUAAUAAUAAUAAUAAUAAUAAUAAUAAUAAUAAUAAUGUCGCCUUGCAGAGCAUGACAGGCGACCCCAUCACUGCACACUGACGCAUGUUUAUAGUGUGAAGGAGGACUUCCUGUCUUCUGCUUUAAUUCACUUGUAAAUGUUCUCCGCCAUUAAAAAGCCCAGAGUGAAGCUUUGGUGAUGUAGAUGUACAGUUCGGCUUCUUUCUCACUGUAUAUGCACACAAAUAUGUCAAACUGCGAUGGUGAAAUUACUGCUGACCAGAUAUGAAUGGUAAUAUGACCAUGUGUAGUUUUUCUGUAUUUUGUAUUUUUUAUAUUUUUAUUUUGUCAAAAAGAAAUGUGUUUACCUGUGUGUUGGACGACUCAAUCACAUUGUUGUUGUUGUUGUUGUUUUCAUCAUUGUUUGCCUUGAAGCAAAGCAGAAACUGCAUUUUUUUUUCUUUUCUUGGCAACGGAGCCAAACAAAACUAAAAUGUUACUGCGAUUAAUGUCAUAAAAAGUGUUUCACGGUGGAUUAUAAUUGAGAGUCAUGGUGAAAAGUAGUGAAGGGACAACAAAACUUCCUGCAUUUCAGCAUUUCCUUUAUGUUUUGACGCCACUAGAUGGCGCUCUUGGCUUUAAACAUAUAAACACCUUCUAAUGCACAACAUGGGUCAAAAAUCACCCUCAUUCAUUCCCCAUGUUAUAUAAUGCUGCUGCGUGUUUGAAUAUCCUUUAUUUUAUUACAACAGAUCAUUAUAUCCAUUUUUUCUUUCAUACUUUAUGAAGAAAAAUAGUUUUUGUAUUAUUACAUCAAGUUUACAUACAUGCAUUAGAAGCGUAGUGAUACAAAAAGAUGUUUUUUUAUUCAAAAAGUAAGAAAUUAAAACAAAAAAUAAGGAUGUAAGAUGAUCAAAAACAAGUUAUUUGAGGAAAACCUGCAAUACUGAAUGAUGAAAUAAAUUUAUUGCAAAUCUAUAGAAUAUAAAAACUCAGUCGGGUCACUUUAGACCAUGUUGUGCAUCAAAAGGGUUAAAAAAAAAAAGUCUUCAUCAAUGGUGAUUGAGUGUGUUUGUUGAACAAAGAGCGCCAUCUCUUGGGCUCCGUAAAUAAAGAAAAUGCUUCAUGAAGCUUCGUUGUCCCAACAUUAGUGAAAAGAAACUAAAAAUUGAGUCCAUUUCCACCAGAUUGAUUCAUUGUGAUAACUUUAAGGUAUUAUUAAUACCUCUAAAACACCCCAACGCCCUACAACUAAUUAAAUUAGGAAUGUUUGUCAUUAUUUUAUAUCAUGCAGUAUUUCAAAUAAAAUUAGAAACCUAGAUGUUGCAUUUGCCAACUUGUUAACCAGGUCCCAGUAAAAGGCAGACAAGGACCUGUAGACCUGUGACCAGAGGACUAGAUGGACUAGAUAAAAGGCAACAAGUCAGUCCUGGUCAAUAACUCCUGUUGUACGUGGAUAUAAGUGAUGUUAGCAGUAGGGUGAACCUCUUUCAUGGAUCUCUGCUGAACCAGAACUGUCUCAGACUCCAGGCAGACUAGACCUGCAGCCACCUGGUCCCUGAGACCUGAGACCUGGUCUAUGACGAGUCAGGUGGAGGCUAGUGUGCUGUCUGCUGUGAAAAGGAGAAGGAAGUGACAGUAUGUGACCAUCUUAAUAUUUUCCUUUAUGUAUUGUUAUGACUAAUAAAGGUAUCUUGCUAAUCA